GGAGUCGCGGCGUAAUUGGAUAAAAACCAGGCUAGGGGGCGGGAUUCCAGGCUGUUUUCCGCUAAUCGAUUAGUCAAUAUCUAAGAGGGUGGUACGGGAGGCGGCAGAUCUACGAUCCAAUUGGCUUCGGGCUCAGCUGGGAGGCGGGAUGAAUGCUUGGGAGGGGACUGAAGAAGUCCGCGGCCCAUCUGCGAGCACAGGAGUGAGGCCUGCAAGAUGGAGGAAGGUGGGAAUCCAGGAAGCCUGACUAAGAUGGUCCAUCUACUGGUCUUGUCGGGGGCCUGGGGCAUGCAAAUGUGGGUGACCUUCAUCUCAGGCUUCCUGCUUUUCCGAAGCCUUCCCCGACAUACCUUUGGCCUUGUGCAGAGCAAACUCUUCCCUUUCUACUUUCACAUCUCCAUGGGCUGUGCUUUCAUCAACCUCUGCAUCUUGGCUUCGCAACAUGCCUGGACUCAGCUCACAUUCUGGGAGGCCAUCCAGGAGGACCCUCCCUGGGACCCUUCCUUCCUGCCUCCCCAGCCUGACUCACCCUGUCCUCCUCCCAUCACCCUGCCAGCUCUGCCUGAUGCUCCUGAGCCUCUCAAUGGCCGCCGUCAACGCCCGCUGGCUGGAGCCCCGCACCACAGCUGCCAUGUGGGCCCUGCACAGGGUGGAGAAGGAGCGGGGUCUGGGCGGGGAGGUACCUGGAAGCCACCAGGGCCCCGAUCCCUACCGCCAGCUGCGGGAGAAGGACCCCAAGUACAGUGUCCUCCGCCAGACCUUUUUCCGCUACCACGGUCUGUCCUCCAUUUGCAAUCUGGGCUGUCUCCUGAGCAAUGGGCUCUGCCUUGCAAGCCUUGCCCUGGGCCUUGGGAGCCUUUAAAGCCCACUUCCUCUCCGGCCCUGCUGAGGCCCCAGAUGUGAAUAAACACUUCUUUGGAAA